GAUAACGGGUUCUGUAGUAGGAGCGAGCAGUAGAAAUUCCCGUCCCCAAUGAGAAUAGCCCACGGUAUCGGCAACAGUUGAACUUAUUAACUCGGCCUUCUAACGUUCGGAGCUUCUCGAGCGCCUGUUGCUAAACCGACCAUGGCAGAGGCGGAGUUCACGCUCAGCACCAUUUCGGCGAAACUGACGCCCGAAAUUCUGCAAAACGCCGCGCAGCAAAUCUUCAGGAAGAAGCUCAAGAAGGAUGACAUGCCGCAAAUCAGCAGGACAAAGGUCAGCCCGGCGUCGGCCAAGGGCGACGGCUUCCUCGGCAUCAUUUACCGCAUCGUCGUGACCUUGACCGACGGCACCGAGUUGCGACUCAUCGGCAAAGGGUUGCCGGCGAACCUGGUGCGCCGAGAGGCCUUCAAGUGCAACGAGUGGUUCGCGCGCGAGGUCCACUUCUACUCGGUCGUGUGCCCCGCCCUGAGGUCCCUCGGCGGCGCGUACCUGUCCGUGGCCGACUGUUAUUACGCCAUGUCCGACGGCAUGAACGAUUUCCUUCUGCUCGAGGACCUGCUUGAGUCGGGCUUUCAAAUGGCCGACAAGAAGGCCGGUCUCAACACAAUCCAGACCAUCUCUAUUUUCAAAAUGAUGGCGCGUUACCACGCUCUGUCGCUCAGCCUGAAGGUGCUCCAGCCGGAAAAGUUCAAAGAAAUCACCAAAGACAUUAAGGAGGGCGUAUAUAAUGAAAACGGUGACGAUUGGAUUGGAAAUUAUAUGGAAAACCUGGGACAGCUCAUCGAGCGCGCCGUCCAACCUGAGCUUGGCGACACUCACUACCUCGAGCGGUUCAAGAAAUUCAGCGAGCGCAAACACAUGUUCGCCCUGAUGCAAGAGUACGUGGCCGCCGACGAGUUGCGUGUGGUGAACCACGGCGAUUCGUGGGCCGCAAACUUCAUGUUCGACAAAACCGGCGCCAUCGCCAAAGCCAUCGACUUCCAAAUCACGCGCCACUCCAGUUUGAUGAUGGACGUCUCGACGGUCAUCUUCGCGUGCACCACUGACGAGCACAGAAAUAAUUUGGGCGGUGUCAAAGGAAUUUUGAGGAUUUACCACGACGAAGUGCUCAAAGUUUUUGAAGCGUUGAACGUCGAUUUUCCUGAGGAUUUUUCUAUGGAACGUCUGCUGAAGUUGUGGCCAAAAUUAGGCGCCUUCGGUCUGAGUCUGUCCAUCGAGUUGGUGCCGGUGUCCAUGCAGGAUCAGGACGAGGUGAAAGAUCUGGACGACACCGGUGAGAAGGAGGCGUCCACCUUGGAAGACAUGACUCAUUUCGAAGAAAUCACCAAGCCAGAGCAAGUAAAGCGACUUGUGGACAUGAUUAAGUUAGCUGUCGACGACGGUGUGAUUUAAAUACAGAAAUUUAGCAACAAAAUUUGUCACGAGAUGUUUUAAAACUUAAAACAAAAUUAUAUAGAAUCAUAUCAUUAUAUUAAAUGACUUAUGUAUUAUAAUUUAUUGUGACGCAGACAAUUAAUUGUCCUGAGAUAUGUUUAAAAAAAGUGCCAACUAAUAAAAGGCUAAAAUAUUCAAAUAAAAAAAUAUUUAUCCCU